GCUGUAACUUUAAUUACGCGAACAUUUACUGAAAUAUCUUCUAGAUAAUCUUACAUGGUCAUGCGCUCUGAGUGACAUCAUGAAGAAGAUUAAAAAGAGCAGUGAUGGUGGCGAUGCUGGAGGUUAUAGAGUUGGUCAGGUGUCUGGCAGCCUCUUCCCAGAAAAACAGAAAUCCUCAGCGCUGUCCUCUUUAUUCGCCUCCACUUCAUCUGCAAAUACUUUAGUGUUCCUUCCUCCACCAAAGAUUGAGCCUAAAGUCACUCCUGCAGUGUCUGAUAAUGCAGUAGUCAAGGGCAAAGAUCAGGUUCAGAAACAGAAGAAAAAACCAAAGACUCUUUCAGCUGCUGAGCAGAAACUCCAGGACAGGGAAAGCGCUCUACAGAACGCAGAUGAUGAAGGACAAGCGAGCGCAAAGAAAGUCAAACGCAAACGUGCAGACGAAGAAGAAGAGCGACCCGCCAAACACAAGAAAACCGCCAAGUUCAAUGCGGAGGAACGGCUCAAAAUGAAACGCACAGUUUUUGUGGGAAAUCUUCCGUCCAGCUGUAAGAAGAAGAAUCUUCUGUCCGUGUUCAAGAAGUCUGGACCCAUCGAGUCUGUUCGCUUUCGUUCAGUGAUUCGGGAAGAUCCAACUAUGUCCCGCAAAGUGGCUGCCAUCCAGAGAAAAGUACAUCCCAAGAAACAAAAUAUUAAUGCUUACAUCGUCUUCAAAGAGGAAGAGUCAGCCACUGAUGCUCUCAAAUGGAAUGGCCAUGAGAUUCAGGCAGGUUUCUACAUACGAGUGGACCGAGUUUCUCAGCACAACAAACAUGAUCAUAAACGCUCCAUAUUUGUGGGGAAUUUACCGUAUGAUAUAAGUGAGCUUCCACUGCAGAAUCACUUCCAGGAGUGUGGAAACAUUGAGGCUGUGCGUUUGGUGCGAGACAGGGAUUCUGGGAUGGGAAAAGGCUUCGGCUACGUCCUUUUUGAGAGCCCAGAUUCAGUGAUGUUAGCAUUGAAACUCAACGGCUCGACAUUACAGGAGCGAAAGAUCCGUGUGAAACGCUCCGUGAAGAAGGAGAAAGAAAAGAAAACUCCGCCAGGAAGAAAAGCAGAAGGACAGCGAUCGGGAGGAUUCAAAGGGCCGAAGCAGGAGUUCAGAAAUAACAAGGGCAGAAAAAACUUCACCAAGAAUCCCAGAAAUAAACCAACACAAGCGUCCUCGUUUAAAGGAGAAAUGGCAGAUCCCACUGCCAAAAGAGGAAAACCACAGAAGAAGAAAUUCAAGCACAAGAAGAAGAAAAACAGCGCUCAUGUUUAGGUUUAUCAUGUAUAAAUGUGUUUUAAUUGUGCUGAUUAAAAAUACUGACUGGUUAACUACA